UGCACAUCACUGAAGUAUUAUUAUUAAUUUUAACUAUAAGUUUAUUAUAUUAUAAAUAAUUAUAAAUUAAGGAUAAUAUAAAAAAAGGAAUUUUGAAAUUAGUUUCUGUGAUAAUAAAUGAAUCGACUUAAUGGAAUUUAAGUUAAUGUGAAAAAAUUAUAUUGAGAAAAAAAAUAUAUAAAGAUAAUGGACAGGUGGCUAUGCCUGUUUCUUGCUGUUGCAGCAUUCUCAAACAUAUGCGACGCAUACAGAAUAUUGGUUGUAUUUCCUUCGCCUGGCAAGAGUCAUAAUAUUUUAGGUGUUAAUGUUGUUAAACAUUUAUUGAAAGCUGGACAUGAGGUUACAUACAUCACGCCAUUUCCUGUUAAGAACCCUCAUCCAAAAUUACAACAAUUAGAUGUCAGCGAUAAUUUUGACUUACUGGAUGAAAAAACGUUGGAUGUGAAGACGUUAUUAAAUAAAGAAAUCAGCUUUGAUAGCCCUAUAACAAUGUUUGAAAUUACAAAUGAUUUUUUUGCGAAAACCAUCCAAAAUCCUAAUGUUGUGAAAGUGUUUAAUGACACUAGCCAGAAAUUUGAUGUAGUAAUAGCUGAAUGGAUGUACAACGAUGCUUAUUCUGGGAUUGCAACUUUAUUCGACUGUCCUUUCAUCUGGUUUUCCACUAUCGAGCCACAUUCGAUUAUACUUAGCUUGAUUGAUGAAAGUACAAAUCCUGCUUAUGUGCCAGACAGUUUGUCAAGUAACAUACCGCCAUUUAAUUUCAAAGAACGAGUCAGUGGAUUAUUCUUCCAGCUUUUAAGUUCAGCGUUUAAAACUUUUUAUUGGAAUGGCGUCGCUGAAAGAGAAUUUGAAAGAUUGCUCGGGCCAUAUUUAAUUCAGAGAGGAAAAGCUAUUCCUUCUUUCAGUGAUGUUAAUUAUAACGUGUCUCUAGUUUUGGGGAAUUCUCACGUAUCUUUAGGACAAGCAAUAAGACUACCGCAAAAUUACAUACCCGUUGGAGGAUACCAUAUAGAUUCUGAUGUAAAACCAUUACCAGAAGAUUUGAAAAAAAUAUUGGACAACGCGAAAAAUGGCUUGAUAUACUUCAGCAUGGGAUCGAACCUAAAGAGUAAGGAUCUUCCAGAUGAACUAAAACGUGGAUUCCUCAAUAUUUUUAGUAACUUGAAACAGACAGUGCUAUGGAAAUUUGAAGAAGCAAUUCCUAAUUUGCCUAAAAAUGUUCAUAUUGUUCAGUGGGCUCCACAACCUAGUAUAUUAGCACAUCCAAAUUGUGUACUUUUCAUUACACACGGUGGGCUUUUGUCUACUACAGAAACAGUCCAUUUUGGAAAACCCAUUAUUGGAAUCCCAGUGUUUGGUGAUCAGUUCACUAAUAUGGAAAGGGCUGUUAAGAAAGGUUUUGCUAUAAAAGUGACUCUGUCUUAUACAAUGUUGGACGAGUUUAAAGCUGCUAUUGACGAAGCUAUUAGCAAUCCAAAAUAUAGAAAUAAAGCGAAAGAGCUCUCGGCCAUUUACCACGACCGUCCCGUGUCACCUGGUAAAGAGUUGGUGCACUGGGUGGAGCACGUGGUGCGCACGCGCGGCGCGCCACAUCUCCGGUCACCAGCAUUACACGUGCCUUUCUAUCAGAAGUUCUAUUUAGAUUUAUUGGGAAUUAUUGUAGCAAUCCUUUCAGUAAUAGUAAUUGUAUCAAAACGAGUAUUAAAAUUGAAGUGUAAGAAAAAAGAAAAUCUGAAGAAGAAGAAGAACUAAUAGAUUCUUCUAAUUAAUUUGCUGAUUAUUAUAUUUACUUAAAUGAAUUUAUUGAUAAUAUUAAAAUAGUAAAUCAAAAUGACAAUCAUACGUUACCCUUAAUCAUAGUACGUCAGUCAUACUAUUAUCAUAGAGUGGAUGCCUGAGAAUUAAAAUGUAAUAGGUGAUUAUUAUGCUACUAUUUAUACGUAUUAUUAUGCUGCUAUUAUUUAUUUAUUUAUUUAUUCAUUAGUACAAAUAUGUGUACAUGGCGGACUUAAUGCUAAAAGCAUUCUCUCCCAGUCAACCAUAGCGAAGUGUCAGAAUACUCGAAUGCGGUACUACUAAUUAUUGAUAUACAUACAUACUAAAAUUACAUAUAUAAACGAAUAAAUAUAUAUGAAUAACAAAUAUUAUAUAUAUGAAUAACACAUAUAUGAUAUAUACUAUAUUAUGCUGCUAUUAGUAUUUUGUACAAUAUGGACGGCAGUUAACAAAGACGU